AUGUUGCCACAUUAUAGAGCCAAGAGAAGUGAUGUACAGUUUGAAGAACAAGGGACCAAGGACAAGCUCCCAAGGAACUCCAUAGCAAACAUGGCAAAAGGUAGUCACAGGAGACUGCAUGCCAGUGAUGAAGACAGCUUGUUCUCUGUUGGCAAGGUACAGUACAUCUUGAUUAUCAUUAUGCUUGGAGCGAUUCUCUUCAACAUCCUUACAAUCACCAUCAUCGUACGUGUACGCAACCUGAGAAAGAGUCCCCAUAAUAUCUUGGUCUUCAACCUGUCCGUUGCGGAUCUGGGUGUGGCGCUGGCCAGUAUGACCUUCUCACUGGCUUCUGUCUUCGAUGGUGGAAGUUUUUUGAGAAAUCACGAUGAUGUGUGCAAAAUGAAUGGAUUCCUCUCCAUCAUGUUCUCAUUCACCAAUCUUCCCAUCAUUCUCUCCAUCGCCGCCGACCGUCUCCUUAUCGUCGUUUUGUCCCGCCGGUACCCUCCAAACCGUAGCCGUGUCUUGGUCAUGGUCUCCUUGUCCUGGCUCGUCGGGAUAUUCAUAGCAUCCAUCGGUUUGGUGAUCGGGUACGAGUACGACCCCAGCACGAAGCACUGCACUCGGAUCUGGGAGAAUGACGUCCUUCGACUCGGUUGUAGCAUUCUUUAUCUGGGAGUGACGCUCCCGUGUCUGGUCGCUGUCUACGUCGUCAUCGCGCACUUCAUUAGGAAGGAGGGCCUGAGUCUUCGAAGCCACCAGCUUUCGUCCUCCAUGUCCACUUUGAAGUCGUUGUCGAAUAUGCCAAAUAAGAGCCUGAGCCAGUCGAUGGACUUGUGUGAAGAAUCAGGGGUGACCCUUCCCCGGACAGCCAUGAGGAGACGCCAUCCUGAUUCAGCCGAUGAUGAAGACGAUAUCAGCUCCGGUAGGGAGUCGUACAGUAUCGGGAACAUCAACUCGACGACGAGGAGGGAGAAAAAGGCAAAGAUGAAGAGUCGACGGCAGCGCCAUGAGGCCCACAAACGGGUCAUUCUUAUGGGAGCGCUGCUUGUUUUCACGACUGUCAUCUGCUGGACUCCAUAUUUGUUGUAUCAUUCAAAUUUCAUCCGGGUCAGAGAGGCAGAGGGAUAUUGGUUUGGUGUUUUCACUAUGUGGUUAGGCUACUGCAACGCCCUUUUGGAUCCUCUCAUCUAUGCCCUCCUCAACAGACGAGUCAGGAAUGAACUGUGGAAGCUAAAAAGAAAGACAUUUGCACGUUGGCAAUCCUGA